UAAUCUUUUUAUCUUUUACGCAGGUUAUGCAAUGGUUGUGAAAGGCAAGGAAGCCAAUAAUCGUUUCGCUAGGUUCCUGACACCAUAUAUCCAAACACAAGGCUCAUAUAAAGGCUGUCUACGUUUCCAUUACUUUAUAGACGGUCUAACUCCUGCUUCUUUGGCAGUAAUUAAACAAGGAGCAGUAACCAAAUAUAUUUUUGCUACAGCAUACAAAACGAGAGACCACUGGAAAUAUGCUGAAAUUGAUGUCGAUUUUUUGGAUGACGAAGUAUUAUUCCAGGCGACUUUUCGUCUUCGCACUGAACUGGAAAGACUAGAACUAGAAAGACGAAGGAUAAAUGUUUGCAUCUUAAAGACCGAAGAGCUGGCAAAUACAAGAAGUGCCUCAUCAAAACUAGAUCAGAAAACAGGUAGACAGCUCACGAAACAAACUUCUUUCUUAUGUGUUUCCAAAGCUUUCGCUAAAUUACACAUUUGAUGACUAUUUAUAUUGCACCUUAUCAUCAUUUUGGUAAAAAGGUCGAAGCAAGAAAGAAAUUACAGUAAAGAAUUAAGAUAAAAAUAACAGAUUAUCUAAAGAAAACCUUACAACGUGACUUGCUUAAUGUCAUCCAGUUAACACAACAAAUAUAAUAAUGUCAUCCAAUUAAUACAACAAAUAUCAGUAUAAUACAUAUGUGUAUAUAUGUGACAUACACAACAUGUCACACAGUAUGUGACAUCAUUUUUCUCGAUGUACUGAACACAUUGCUUGGACUUCGUAAUAGGGACAGGGAUAAGUGGAGAAGAUAGCAGGUAUUCGCGAUGGGACAAGCAGGUAUGGCCCCCUACCACUACCUUUCUUGAGUUACCCCUCCAGGAUCGAGUGAGGCAUGCUCAUACGCAAGUGCAAAAUAUAUAUAUAUAUAUAUAUAUAACUGAUUUAAAAUGAAUUCUGAAGAGAAUUUUUCGUGACGUCUGAGCAUACGUACAGAUGUGCACCUCUUACUUUGAUUGCAAUCGUCCGUACUAAAAGUAUAUAAAUAUAAAUAAAUACAUAUCCACUUUGUUACUCA